CAUCAGGACUACUGUGAAGAAUGUGAAGAGGGUGGGGACUUGUUACUGUGUGACACCUGUACACUGUCUUUUCACUUGCGUUGUCUGGAUCCCCCACUUGAUGAACCUCCUCAGGGAAGAUGGAGUUGUCCUGUCUGUGUAAGUUUUUCUUUACUUUUAAGAGGAAUCCAGUGUCUGUGGUAGAGCCAAGGAAUUUAUAUUAAGAAGUUUCUUUGUUGUAAAAGUUUUGAGUUGUUCAACUUGAGUAGCAUGAACGAGGCUUCUGUUCAGUUGGAAGCAAUGUGCAGAGUAAACUAUUUUAUAACCAAUCUAGUAAACUGAGGAACAGCGCUUGGUAAAUUCCACUUAGAUAGGAGUAGGGUCUGCUGAGGGGAUCAGUGCCCCUCUACUUUGUUUUUACCAACGAAGCAUGAUGCCUCCAGACUUAUCCUUAAAAAUGGCAUGCCGCUAAAACCUCCCCCCCCCCCACACACCCCAGACAGAGGUAUAUAUAUACAAAGUAGAAUCCUGGUAACUAGAACUCUGAAGGGAACUAAAAACAGUUCAAGUUAGCAAGGGUUUGAGCUAACGGGGUCGAUUUCAAAAUUCAAUUUUCCACAUUAAAAAUUGAUAAUUACUGAUUUUUCAGCAGGUCAGAUUUUGUCAGAAAAGGUCAGAAGAAGAUUCCCGAAGAAGUCCGAAGUCUUCCGAAGACGUCCGAAGUCUCCCGAAGUCUGCCAAAGGCGAGCUCGCUCCCAGUGCUUUUCACUUCAAAAAUCAGAGAUCGCGAGGAAGGUAUUGCCAUUUAUUCAUUUUACACAUGGUUUUCGUUCCUUAA